CCUCCGUUGCUAAGGGGAAUGUGGUUGCUAAGAAGCGUCCAAUGACGCGCCGGCCUGGCACCACGUGUUGUGUCGCGGCCUGAUGACGUGCUGCUGCUGGCGGGAAGAUGGCGGCCGUGUGUGUCGGGACCCGGGGGAUGGAGGUGACAAUUACCGGCCUUCUGGAGCGGGAUCUGAGCGAAGGGGAACUGGCUGAAACCAUCCGGGGGCUGCGGGAGCAUGGGGCCCUCCGGGGGGAGGGUCUCCCGGCUGCCAUGUCUGGUCUCCUCAGUAGCUGCAACUCUCGCCUGAUCUCGGCCGGCACUCGGGUUGAGGGGCUGUCUCUGUUGGCUCUGGCAGUGGAAGAGUCCCCCACGGGUGUUUUUGAGCAGCACUGCGUGUCCUGGCUGCGCAGCAUCCUGCAGAUUAUCCAGUCUCAGGACCCCCCACGUGUGGUCAGUUUGGCUGUCUUUGUCUUGCGCUCCCUUCUUGCUCACUCCUCUGCGCUGCCAGAGUUAUCCCGGGAAAUCUCCACCAAUCACAUCCCAGGUCUGCUCACCUCUCUGCUGGGCCUGAGGCGCCAGUGCCUGGUUCCAGCCUUAGAGGGGAUCCGAUCCUGCUUCAUCUCCUACCCCAGAGCCUGCGGCUCCUUACGGGGGAAACUCACUGCUUUCCUUCUGAGCCUCAUAGAUGCAGAAAACCAGCAAAUUCAGGAGGUUGCCUGUCAGUGCUACUCGCUGCUCCCAUCCCUCGGCUCUGGCUUCUCUCAGGGGAUCAAACACACGGAGAACUGGGAGAGGCAAAUCCAAAGUGUCAUUUGCUCCCUGCACACUGUAUUCCUGCAGCUGUACCAAGGCUCCGAAACGGACACGGCACGCUACGAGGGCUCCGGCACUGAGCUGGAGCUCCCCCCUGUGGAAGAUGAUGGAACUCACAGUGUGCUGCAGCUGGCACGAAGGUUCACAGCCCUGGCCCAGUGUAUGCGCCUGCUGCUCAGGGAACAGUUUCCAGCUCCUGUGCGGGUCCCAGUGUCCGACGUUCUCAGUCUGGUCUGCAGGGUGGUCAACGUGAGCCCAAAAAACCUGAGCUGGCACGGAGAGGAAUCGCUGAAGUUGCUCCUCCUCCCGCGGAUGCACAGCAGCGUCCUGGAAAUCCUGGAGGCGACAAUGAUAGCGUGUGGCCCUCGGCUCCUUCCCUUCUCGGCAGUGAUCUGCAGGCUCUUUCCUCAGCUCCUACUUUCCUGGGCAGCAGUGAAGGGCAUGGCUGGCAUCCCCUCGGGCCAGGAGAGGCCAUACAGCUCCCUCCGUUGUUCCGUGUACCGAGUGCUGGAAACGUGGGUAACGAUGUGCGGCAUCUCCUCCGGAGUCUUGCAAGGGCCAACGCAUCACUCCGACAUCCUAUUGGCCAAUCUGUUAAGUGACAUCACUCCACCCACAGACGCCAUUAAGAUGUCCUCGUUUGUGCAGCUCGGAGCAAAGAAGCAGAAAGUGUCGGAGGUCGGGGGCGAUGAUUUCCAGAGUCACCGCAAGAGAGACACCACUGCCAAUGUUGAGCUGUGCACAGCGGCUCUUAAAGGGCUGUGCUGUGUGGUUCUUCACUGUGGGUCAGUAAUCAAGGAAGAUGUUCAUAGGAGACUCCAAGAGCUCUCCAUCCCACUGCUGCUUCGCCUCCAACAGGGGCCUGACCAGUGGUUGGGUCCGUAUACCAGCAGUGAGUGUCGGAAGGAACUGUACAGACUUCUCCUGUGUUUGACUCUGACCCCCAACCCCAGGCUUCCUGCUCCUCUGCACUGCGCCAUCAAGAUCUUCAGAGUGGGAAUCUCGGAGGAGAGUUUGCAGGUCUCCAGAUUCUCCACCGAGGCACUCGCCAUUUGUCGCAUCCUCAUCCAUCCCCGUGUUCCCUCUCUCCAACGUCCUCUGCCACAUCACGGGCCUCGACCUCCUCUCCAGUCAGACGCCCCCACUCUUCGGCCUCCUGCUCCACCACCUACCUUUCCUGCUAUGCCUCCAGCCAAUCACCUUCCUCCUAGGCCCACGGUACAAGUCAUGGCCACUGAGCCUCCUGUUUCCGCCGCAGUGCCAUCUCCUCCUCCUGAAGAAUCAUUUGGGGAGAAGCCUCGACGUGCCGUCUUCAUUCAUUUCGACAAGGAGGAGCCCUCCGACGUAGAGAUUUCCUUGGAGAGCGACUCCGAUGACAGUGUGGUCAUUGUACCCGAAGGGCUUUUCGCAAAAUCCGACUCCAAACCAGAACCCUCUCCGCCAACUGUAAAACCUACAGAAGAAGCGACUGAACCAGUAGCCCAGCCUGCUGUCCCCUCCUCCAGCACCGCCCCGCCCCCUCCUCCUCCUCCUCCACCAGCACCACCAGUAUGCGCUGGGCCUUCCUCUGUCCCAGUCCCCAUUGCAGAGGCCCCGCCUCCUCCUCCCCCCCAACAAGAGGUAGACACAGUCAUCAACAUCAACAGCAGCGACGAUGAAGAGGAUGGAGAGGAGGAUGAGGAUGAAGGCUUAUACGACGAUGAGGAUGAGGAAGAUUAUUAUGAUGAAGAGGAAGACGAAGAUUUAGAGGGUCUGGAAGAAGAUGAUUACGAAGAGGAUGAGGAAGGCAUAACAGAAGAAGAGGAAGAAGAUCUGGAAGAAGGAGAAGAGGAUGAAGAAGAGGGAGAGGAUGAGGAAUGCUUGAUGCCAGAUGAGUUGCCAGUUGGCUGUGUGGCGGAGGAGAUUCCUGACGGAACAGAGACCAGUUCCUUGCAUGAGGUAGACCCUGACGAAGGCCCACCGCGCCUGUCCCCGGUACAGGAGGACGAAGUAGCGGACACCGGCUUGUUAAUGCUCGUGGAGAGCGAAGACAGAGAGCGCUCUAGGGACUCCCACGAGGAAAGCGCCCCAGAAACCGACCUCGCCAGAAGCCCCCCUCAGCCUCCAGUUCUCACACCUCCACCCCCACUAGAAGAGCCGCCACCAAUGGAAGAAGGCGACGCGCCCCAACUGGAAGUGCCGGAGCUUGAAGCGCCCCCUAUUGCCCCGGAACCAGAGAAAGAAAUCGAAGAGAGAAAGCCAGAUGAGGUGCACGUUGAGAAGCCUGAACCAGAGGAAGAGGAGCCAAUGGCCGACGCAGACACCAUGCUGGCCGACUUUGUCGACUGCCCCCCAGAUGACGACAAGCUGCCCGAGCCUUGCACGUGACCAGUCGUUGGAUCCUCAUUGGUUCUCCAUCUUAUAUUACAUAACUGACAGUAUGGGGGCUUGUCCCGGCGAUAGCCUUGGGUCAUAUCCUGAGUGAGAUACCGGCGGGAUUAGUACUGAGCGGAAUGGACACAACCUUCCUUCAUGCACUUCCCUAGCACCCCACCCACCUUACCCACAAUGCAACUCUUUCUACAGCUCACCGAUAUCCCUCACAGCCGCCCCCCCACCUCAAGUACAGGCCUCACACCCAUGUCCAAACCACAACAGCACCCAUGACAUCCCGCUAAACCCGCGCCAAUAGCUCCGGUGCCAAACGCACAUUUCAAGCCGCUUUUCUGCCCGCGUUUCACUACACGACCAAAUGUGAAGACACCACAGAAGCCUCAUUCGCUGUGGCGCCCCCAACAGGCAGGUAAACUGCAUUACAGAUGGGCUCUUUAUAUUUUUUAUUUUGUCUUUUUUUUUUUUAUUUUAUUCAGUUUUGUCAAUAAAAGCGGUGGUGUGACUAGAA